AUGGACAAUGUAGAUUGUGUGGUUGAGCUUUUGAACCAUAAUGCUGAUAUAACUAGUAAAGAUGAGUUUGGAAAGACAGCUUACGAAACAGCCAUUAUACACAAAUGCGAAAAGUCAGCAAGAAUUCUUAAAAGUGAAGGUUAGUAAAGUUAAUAUAAUCUUAAAUGUUACAAGCCUACAAUCAGGGACAAAAGUAGUUGACACACUUGUUUUAAAACGGGUGCUUUUAACAAACAUUUAAUUCAUUUAUUAUUUCAUUCUUUUUAAACGCCGUAAAUCCCCUCACCCCCCGAAUCAAUGUUGUCUGAAGUAAAAAGAAGACUUGAGGGUCCAAAAUUCAACAUUGAUUUUGGGGGGAAGGGGUUGGGGUAGACAGGGGAAUUGAAGAGGAUAGGUAUUUAUUAUAUAUGUACUGAGAUUUACUGCAAAAUGAAUAUGUCAAAUAAAAAUGAUGCGUUGCAGAGUACACGCAAUCUGAUUGGUUGUACAAUUUUUCUCACUAGUGAAAAAUACCGUAUGACCAAUCACAACCCGCAGACGAAAGUUUUCACUAGUGACAAAAAUCGUAUCGAUUUUCCCGCCUUUCACUGACGGCGUCACUAGGCAAAAAAGGAAAACCAUGGCGUCUUCUUCGAGCAAUUCAAGGUUUGCAGAUAUAACUUCAGUAGAGGAAUUUAUUGAAGGACAAGAAAACGAAAACACCAGGAAGAAAACUGAACAGAAUGUUGCUUUGCUUAAGGAGUUUUUGAGGCUAAAAGAUGAGUCAAGGCCUGUAGAAGAAAUUCCCCCACACGAACUGAGUUCAUUCAUCAGCGAAUUUAUCAUAACAGUAAGAAAGAAAGAAAACAAUGAAGAUUACGAACCCACUUCCUUGCGUGCUAUGAUGGCCAGUUUUGAACGGUAUUUAAAGAAGAAGAAUUACGGCUACAGCAUUAUGAGAGACGUCGAGUUUGAAAAAGCACGAACGGCAUUAAAAUCAAAACAAAGAGAUCUCAAGAAGAAAGGCAAAGGCGAUAAACCAAACGCUUUCAGUUGGUCUUUGUGUUGAUUUCACCGCGCAAUUGAUAGUUGUUAACAUUAUCUUGUAAUAUCUCAGUACAUAUAUAAUAAACAAAUUACCUCAUGGUUGGUUCGCUUGUACGAUUUUUAUUCACUCGUUGUGAAGAAUCGCAAACUCACUCGUUCGCUGCGCUCACUCGUUCGUUUUCGAUUCUUCACAACUCGUGAAUAAAAAUCGUACGCACUCACCAACCAUGAAGUAAUCUCUAUAUCCACUAUGCAAAAAGGGGCCAUUUUAUGGAAGUAUGUCAACACUUUUGUCCCUCAUUAUCUGAAUGCAAAAUAGACCUUUUCAAGGUUAACACCGCCAUUUUGCCGGGGGUGCAAAACUACUGGGGCGAGCGCGCGGCCGAGCAUGAAAUGCAAAUGGCAACACGGCUGAAUAGACCUUUUCAAGGUUAACACCGCCAUUUUGCCGGGGGUGCAAAACUACUGGGGCGAGCGCGCGGCCGAGCAUGAAAUGCAAAUGGCGACACGGCUGAAUAAUCUGUUAACAUGCCAAAACACGCUCGUUGUGCGGUAGGUUUUUGCGAUAAUGAUAAAAGAUAUCCCGACCUUGCUUUUGUCAGAUCACAUGUGGAGAAUUUAGUAUAUCACAAGUGGCCAACCGACCCUAAACUUGCCGAAAUAUGGCGAAAACAAGUGGCGAAGACUCGAAGUGAUUCCUUCAAUCCUUCCCCUGGUGCUAGUGGGACUUUCGUGUGUUCAAAUCAUUUCCCAUGUGGACGAAGAACUCCUGAAAACCCUAAAACGGAUUUUCCGUCUAUUUUUAUGACUGUUUCGGAUUACCUGCAGAAAAAAAUCACCCAAGAAAAGGAAAGCGAACAAGUUACAAGAAGCUGGUUCUGCAAGAAGCCUGUUCCCUAGCUCCAAGGAGUCAAAGCAGGAUCCUGAGGAGAGUGAUAGUGAUGAUGAACAAAUGGAAGCAGAUGCAGAUUACUCCGUUUCAGUUCCAAUGCAAUUCGAACAGUUGACAAGAGAAAUGGAAGUAAAAGUCUACACAGGUCUGCCAUCACCGAAAGCAUUCGAGUUCUUGUUCGAUUAUUUGAGCCCAAAGGCUCGGUUUAUGCAAUAUUGGAGGGUGGAAAACAAACAAGAAAAGAAUCGUCUCAACCUCCCUCUCCUUUUGAGUUAGCAACUGGCUAUCUCAAAGGAAGACCUGGGCCAGAGAGGAAGCUUCGACUUGAACAGGAGUUUUUACUGACUCUUAUGAAACUAAGACUAGCUCUUCUAACUUUUGAUUUGGGGUUCAGGUUCCAUGUGUCAGCUUCCACUGUCAGUAGUGUUUUUAUAACUUGGGUUAAGCUCAUGUCCAAGGAACUCUCCGUUUUAAUUGUGUGGCCUAGUCGACAACAGAUCAAGAAAACCCUCCCAUACUGUUUUAAAAAGCUUUAUCCCAAAGUAAGAUGUGUAAUUGACUGUUUUGAGUGCUUCACAGAAACUCCAAGUGGACUUGACCUGGCAGCAACACUAUGGGUGAGUACAAGCACCACUACACUUUCAAAGUCCUUGUUGCCAUCACCCCAAAUGGAGCAAUUUCAUAUGUUUCACCAUGUUAUGGAGGCAGGGCAUCUGAUAUUUUUAUUGUAAGGAAUAGUGGGUUUUUAAAAAUGAUUGAGCCUUACGAUGAAGUCAUGGCAGACAGAGGUUUUAAAAUCCGAGAGGACUUGAUGAUGCACAUGGCAACAUUAUGCAUUCCACCUAGUUGUGCAUCAUCUAUGCAAAUGCUACCACGUGAUGUCAGAGAGACAUCAAACAUUGCGAAUGUCAGAAUUUAUGUUGAACAAGCUAUUGGACGGCUCAAAGUUUUUCUUAUUCUGAAAAAUGAACUGCCUAUUACCCUGCUUCCCCUGGCUGAUGAUAUUGUUCGUGUCUGCUGUGCAUUGUGCAAUUUGCUUCCACCACUCUGUGUUUGAUAUUUUUAUUUACAAAUAUGCCAAGGUGACCGCAUAUUCAGUUUAGAGACUGGGGCAGGUUCAUUUGAGAACUGUUAACAUGUCAAUGAAAUGUGAAACUACUACUACACUGUACAUAGAUGACAUCGUUGUGUAUUUCAAGGCAUAAGAGCAAUACCUUGCAUUUUCUAUUUCAGAUUGAACAGUCCCCACAAAAGCUAUCUAAUGAACUUGGCUUUCUUUGAAUGGAGGUCCUUCCAUGAGUGAAUGAAAUGUUACUUUUUGUACAAAACAAUUUUGUUUAAAUUAUCAUGAAAUACCGGUAUAUUUCCAAAUCAAGUUGUAUUUACAUAAUGUUAAAUUGAUUAAGGAAUUGAAAUUUGCUAUUAGAAAUGUGCGUAAUUAACCGUAGCAACAGGAAUGUUCAUACAACAUUUUCAUAACAUUUCAUAAAAAUGCAUCAACAAAACAAUACUAAACAAUAAGUGGCUAUAAAAAAAAUAUAUAGAAAUGUGUAAAUAACUCUGACUUUUCUCCAUGUCUAACUUAGUAGAAAUGAAAAUGCAUCCAACAUUCUUAAAUUGUUUCUACAUGUAGAAAAAUAUUACAUGAUGCAAUUAAAACAUUUUGUAGGUUAUACAUGUACUUCUUGGACUGGUGUAUUAAAGUUCUUAACACCUUGUGAAUCUAUGAUUUUGUCGAUUUGAUGUUUGGGAUUAGUUACAGCUGUAUGUGACCAUGUGGUGAAACUUCUCCUUGUGAACAGUAAUUAAAAUUCAAUGUACAGUACAUGUAUUAAUCUGAAAUCCAGUAAUUACAAAUUAGGUCUGCAGAACUUGUUAUGUCCUCAUGGUUAGUGCACCAAGCAUGGACAGCUUUUUUACAGACUGUGCAAACAUGUUCUCCAUUCACAGGGAUACUCUUAAGACCACAAACUGGGCAGACAUGAUUUACAGUGUUUGAGUUAUCAGUUUGUUCUUCUUCCUCAGGUAAGUUCAAGUCAAGUUCAUCAUCCCCAGCAUCAUGUAUGUUUGCUGCAUCAGCCAGGCAGCUCUGGCAAAUCCAAGAGUCGAGUGCAUCUGCAGAAUUCACACUGAGUUCAGCACAUGGCAAAUGCCACCAAGUGCUGCAGCGGUCACAGCAUACACUGUUUUCGUUUGCAGAAUCACGUAUUUCAUCACUCUCCAAAAUAACCUUGUCACACUUGGGGCACUCAAAAAUGUCCCUGUAUCCUAACAGGCAAGGUAACACAAAAGAUUUGUAAAAGAGAGUGAUAUUGUUCACAACUUUCAGACAAAAUUCCAAGUCAAGUUCUACUCGUUCAUACAAUGGUUGGCCGCCCAGAGUCCAAACAAUAAAGAAGCCAUGAUUGGCACCACAAACCCACAUCUGAGCUUGCAUUUGGGUGUAAUAUUUGUGCGGCGUUUCAAGCGGGGCUUUCCAUUAAAAUCUUCAAGAAAUUCCACACGGUCAAAUGUCUUUUUUUUCAUGAAUAUUUUCAUUUCUCACACUGUAGGGACAUUUUGCUUCCAGUGUUGCCAGACCACAACAAUGGCAAAAAAAAAACAGGCCGUCCGGGGAACCCGCAAGGAAGGGGUGUCGGGUUUGAUGAACAAUCCACACUGUCUAAAGCCCUGUAGGCCACCAUCAUGUUGAGAGGCCACAUCUGACAUGAAUGAUUUUAUGGCAUCCUUUUCAUGGGCAUUCCCCACUUUAUCUGUGGCAUAUGUGAGACAUCAUCGCUUUUAUUCAACAGGCUUGACACCAUUGAACUGUAAAUGGGUUUUUGUCAUUGUCACUUUUUCUGUUGAUGAUUGUUUGAGCCUUGGUGUGAAAUUUGUGAAAAUUUCACGCAGUCACUCUCCCAACUCUUUGUUGAUGCCAAGAGUCAUUGUUACUCUGGCCACGAGUUUCAGUUUCCACCCUUUUCACUUGGUCACUCGUCAUCUGACAUUCUUUUAAAAAGAGUGGGGCGGUAUAUUCAAUGGUUUUCCUUUCAUUUCUUGGGAUGACAUGAAGCUAAGGGCUCUCUGAGGGAAGAGGUUCGGGUAGGCCGUCAUCUUUAGUGUGCUCGAUAGAGUGAAGUAAACAAGCAGAUGGGACAUUCUCAAUUACUCCAUUGAUAAGAGCUGACACCCUUUCAUUGGUCAGCUGCCUAUCCUGGGGCUUUCGUGGGUCAAAGUUGUUCUUUAAAGUUAAAUUGGCUGCCUGUUCUUUGGGACUGUCCUCCCGAGUCUUUUUGUCUUUCUGAAAGACAAGGUUUUUAUUUGAGUUGGAGCUACAUCCUUUCUAGUUCCUUUGUUCCAUCCUUGUGGAACGCUUGUACAUGCAGGAGAUAUGUAAGCUUUCUUGUGUGCAAAAUUUACUUUAUAUAGCAAAGCUAUAACAUGAUUGCAAACUUCACCAGUACCUGCUGUACAUGUACACCAAGAGGUUAAGAUUUUGCAUUCACUUUUUGUGCCCUCUAAACAAACCCAGACCUUAUGCGGGUCAUCACGAAUUUUUUGUGAAGGGGAUACAGAGCCUUUCAAGAACACAUGCUUGCUGUUAAUUGGGCAUUUAGCAAAGAACACUGUGUCUACAAAGCCACUCAUCCAAUAAGAACAGGCCUUCUGAUCCUUGUAUUUUCCAAUAUAGUCGACAUCUACGGCUUUAGUCCUCAAAAUAUAACUGAACAAUUUGCCAUCAUCGACCUCUGGCCAUUCCUUUACGUCGUCAAUCCAAGCGUCACUCGGUAACAUGUUUGGAUCACUCUUAAUUUCAUUUUUAGUCAGCCUCCUUGAAUACUCGUCUUUUAUCUGCUGAUAAAUUUGCUCCUGGGAAAACUUCACAGGCACAUUGAGUUCGUAGGCUCCAAACGCUCUAGCGAUCAGCUCAGACUUUCUGCCCGUUUGCUUGAGUCCCCGUAGCGAAAGAAAAUCCUUUAACGAGGAAACAGUCCAACCGAGGAAGUCCUCGUAUUCAAGAACUUCCUCUGCUUGUCGAGGCAUCACAAAUAAUUUUGUGGCCGCUCUACCGGAGUGGUAGCGGCAAAAAUAGAAAAGGAUUUCAAACUAACAGUUUCAGUACACGUGUUUUGAUCCUAGAUUAAGAUAUUUCGAUAUUUCUUCGCAGGUAAUUGCAACUCGAUGAGUCAGCCAUUUGCAUUUUAUUGUUUGGCCGCGCGCUCGCCCCAGUAGUUUUGCACCCCCGGCAAAAUGGCGGUGUUAACCUUGUAAACUUCUAUUGUGCUACUGCACACAAGUUGAGCCGUGCAUGACGCUGAUUUUAACUGAAAUUAAAGGAAUCAAUGACAUAAUUAUGUUGUUGGUGGUAGGGGUGACAUUGACUUAUUCACGACCGAAUUAUAGGGCCAAUUUGAAUUACUUGAUGAGGUAAUAAAAGGGCUGCAAUAUCCAGAAUUAACGUCGAUAUGGUUUACAAGCUGAAAACUGACGCUGAAACUCGCGCACAUGUACAACUUUUGAUGAAUUUCAAGGGUAUGCGUGCUGAAAAUAUUUUAAAUAAAGUGAAUAUUUCUCGUUCGUCACUUUAUCCGAUUGUUAAGGCACAAACAAUCACGGGUAGGGUAAGGAUUGACACAUGUCACACAUUGUCACUGGCCGGCCACGGAAAUAUGGAGCGUUAGUGAGGAGCGGCCGUCGGAGCGUUCAAUAUCGAAACUACGGAAAAGUGAAGGUAAUUCAUGGCCAAUUCAAUAAAAAAAACUAAGGACAGCGUAGCAAACAUUGCAAGUGUACACGAAAACAAUUACUUUCAAUCCCACCUCGUGACACCCUGUGUGACAUGAUAACGCAAUGCAAAUAGCGUGACAUGAGCGCAUAUGUCUGUGUAUUUGGACUGCAUUUCUUAAGCGAAACCCCAUGUUUCUGGCUAUUGUCGGCAGAGAAAAUGAAAAGAGAGCUUUGAAACGUAAACUGGUAUUUGACUCUCAAAGAAAACGACAGCUCAAACUGAGGAAAACACUGCUUCCUUCGUGUUACAACGGUUAACCACGUUUCAGCAAACGGAAAGUAACAUUAGUCUUUUAUGACCUCUUAAUGUCGAUAUGUAUUCUUGUGGUUAAUCGUUGAAACUCCUUAUUUGCACCACAUCGCUGGAAUUUUUCUCGCCAAGAAUAUCUAUUACGAAGCACUUUCUACAUAGCAGAAUCUUUUUUUGCCUUUUGUGAGGAAUUAACGCAUAAAAAAGGAAGAUUUUCCAGCGCACGGCCGUCAUCGAUCACGUGUUAUCCCGCUUUCCUUGUCAUCAAGUGAACUACUGAGCCAAAGUAAUUGCUGUUUUGAUGAUGAUACAAACUGGUGUGUCUACCUUGAAAACCAUUUCUUUGGCAUUCUGUGAUUUACGAGCAGGGAAAUGAAAUAGUUGCCCAUCCAACAUCAAUAAAAAAUCAUGUCACUGAAUAAAUGGCAGGCGGUCAUCUAAAAUCAUUACAACUAAAGUACAUUCCUAAGGGAGCAUUCAUAAUUUACCUAGAGGGUGGGCUAUGAUGAUUUUGAGGGGGGGGUCACUCUUUCUCCCUACUAUGAUUUAGGGGGUGCUGUGGAAAAUUUCCAACGAAAAUUACAUUGAGCAUAGGGGGGGGCAACCAUAGUUUCCUGAAAAAGAAAAGGAAAUGAAAAUAUGCUGUUGGACGCUCUUAUAAUUCCUGUCUUUUAUUUCAUUUCGACAAAAUGUUGAUACAGAACUAGAGUAUGAAACUUGAUGCAUGACGCCCACUUCUUGUGUAAUUUAUUGCCAGGAAUUCUGCUGCUCUAUGUGUUAUCGGCGUGUUUGAAAUUAGCCUGCGUCACAAACGGAACUUAACCUCUGAGUCUAACCGUGAUUAGAUCAUGUUCAUCUGCGACGCAGGCUAUGAAAUCAGAGCGAGACGAACGCAAGGCAAGAAAGGAUAUCGUUUUCAGUUUUAGUUAUUCGUUCCUGACUGAAAAUGUAUUGCAGCCACUUUCUAAUUAACUGUUUUGUCCUUAUCAUUUAUUUUACACAGAAAGGAAAUGUGCCACCAAACAAGGACCCAGUCGCCGCCCUGCAGUACCUAUUGGGACCCCCCCUGAACUGAAAGUGUCAGACCAGACUCACCAUGAUUGAUAAUCUGUUGUAAGACCUGUCAGAAUAUAUUCUGGACCUGUACAGGUUCUGAUUGUACCGUAAGACGGCACAUAUCUGCUUUUUGCACGUUUUACAGCUGUCUGGUAUAUAACAGAAUGAUUUCUUUUUAAGGAGAAUUUUUGCCUGAAAAUUGUCAUACCAACCGAGCCCUAACAAACAGGAUGUAAAUGUGGUAGACUAUAUUGUUGUUAAAUACUAAAAAUAGACAUAGCAGGAUACAAAUAACCCGCUCACACUCUUUGAUAGUCGGGACGAGCGAAAAAGAAAGCGAGGCUUGCCCGUUUUUUCUUGCUUUCCGCUUGUUGUAAGCUUGUUGUAGACCGGCAACGGAACUUAUCUUUUGAACAAUAAUUUUAAAGAAUUAAAAAUAUUCACUCAUAAACGUACUUAAAAGCACUUA